AUGGAAAAUUGUUAUAACUUGCAAUACGUCCAAUCGCCACUAGACGCGCCUCAUAUCUCAGAUUACGACGCUAUCUCGAAUCAUGUUGACCAAGGAAAUCAGGUUAACCAAGCUUUAUUGUAUGAUCAAAACCUUGUCAUGGGAUAUAUGCCAGCACAAUACGAUCCAGUUAUUCUCGAUUUAAGUUCGUCUGCCAUGUCAUCUCCUCCGAUCUCGGUUUCUGGCACCUCCUUCCUUGAGACUUACGAGUUGGAUUUAAAACCAGUGCAUUUCACUACACAUCCUUCUCCGCCCAUGUCAUCACCCAUUAGCGACCAAGCAUACGGUAACGUUGACCCAGAAAACAAGGAAGUCAAAUCAAUGACACACGAGCAGCAGCAAUACGAACAACAACAACAAAACAGCGUCAGCGCUGAAACUGCGGAGGACGUCAAACCCAUUUAUAAAGCUCAACAACAAUUCCCGUCACCGCCAACAUCGCCUUCUGCGCCACAUGCAUCUUCUACCUCAAAAGAUUCAUCCAAAGUGGCAAUUAAACGUAAAAGGAUCACAAGCUACGUUGAAGGCGAAGAUGAUAAGUCUGUAAAGAAAGAGGAGAAUAACGGCAAUGAACCCAUCUAUGUCAAUCCCAAGCAGUACAGAAGAAUUCUCAAACGAAGGAUCGCUCGUGAGAAAUUUGAGAGGAAACAUAAUCUAUCCAAAGAAAGAAAGCCCUACAUUCACGAGUCUCGACAUGUGCAUGCCUUACGCAGACCACGAGGACCUGGUGGUAGAUUCUUGAACGCUAAUGAAAUGGCAGAAAUAGAGAGACGAAAGAGCCUUAAUUCAAAUUCAUCUUCUUCUACAUGUGUGUCUCCAACCACACCAACUUGCUCUACACCGUGUUCAACACCUUCUUGUUCUACCCCCACUUGUCCUACGCCCACUUUUGUAACCUCUCCCGCCAUCUCCUACAUAAAUCCUAAUCACUUUCCAAGUGGUAUUGCAGGUUAUGUAUAUGGUAACCUUGAAUCCUGGGAUACGACUUGGGAUAUGAAAAAUCAAAGUUAUUUUCCAGCAACCGUAGGACUCGUAGAUUCGUAUCAGAUAAAUACACCAUCGAGCGUGUAUGGACAAGAUUUCAAUUUUUCGCAAUCGCAAACAGCAUCCCCCGCACCGGGAAUAUUUUAUAACGAUAUUUCGUUAACAUCAACCAUGAAUGAAAAUAACCUUCAUGCGUGGGAAUAUUAG